AUGUAUCUUAAUACAGGAAAUGACGUAAUCCACCUGUUAACAAAGAGAAACAACUCAUCCCUGUAUGUGUCCAUCACUCUCCAGAAUGGUACAACGCUGUAUGAAAUGUACGACGGAUUCUCUGUCUCUGACGAAGCUGGAAAAUAUCAACUUUUUCUUGCAGGACCUGCCACGGGAACUUUAGGUGACUCUAUGUUAGACACUGGUUACCCCAAUAACUACGAUCUGUCUGGGAUGUCCUUCACCACCCCAGACAGGGAUAAUGACAGGUCUCCUAGUAACUGUGCUGCCCACAGUACCCGUAGAGGAGGCUGGUGGUUUAACUACUGCCACUUCGCCUUCCUUAACGGUCAAUGGUCCCCGGGAGACUGGUACAAACCAUGGUAUCCCACCUUAGAGAAUGGGACAUCAGUGAAGGGGACCACCAUAAUGAUCAGACGGAACUAG